GCUAUGACGAUGGCAUUUGUUCUCCAGUUAUCAAAAUUCCUCGGCCGUCUUUCUCGUAUUCCAAUCGCUCCAAAACUAUCACCUUCCAAAAGGUGUAUACAAUUCAUGCUUCAUUGGAUAUGCAAACUCACAUGGUCGUUCGACGAUCUUCGCAGCAAAUAUCCGCCCUCAUCUCGCUAUCACAUUGAUGUCGAUACUCGUGCGGUAUUGGAUAGAAUCUAA